AUGUCCAUCCGGGGCCGGAGGAACUCCGCGCCCAACCGGACCCGGUUCAGCUUCUCGACCCUGCGCGGCCAUCAGCAGCCCGAGACCAGCCGGCGACUCAACCAGCUCAUCAAGAACGAGAACGCGGCCAUCGGCGCCCACGAGAAGGCCGGCCGGGAGCGCGUCUCCAUCGCCAACCAGCUGUCCGACUGGGGCGAGUGGACGGAGGACGACGCCGUCUCGGACAUCACGGACAAGCUCGCCGUCCUGAUGGCGGAGAUGGGCGAGCAGGAGGACAACUUCGCCCAGUACCUCGAGGAGUCGCGCGUGGUCCUGAAGCACAUCCGGGACACCGAGAACUCGGUGCAACCGUCACGCGACCAGCGCGCCAAGAUCGCCGACGAGAUCCAGAAGCUCAAGUGGAAGGAGCCGCAGAGCAACCGGAUCGAUAUCCUGGAGCAGGAGCUCGUCCGGGCCGAGGCGCAGAGUCUGGUGGCCGAGGCGCAGUUGACUAAUGUGACUCGAUCGAAGUUCAAGGAGGCGUACGAUAUACACCUGGCGGCGGUUAUCGAGCGCGGAGAAAAGCAGAUCCUGCUAGCCCGUCACGCACGCCGGUUGCUCAACCAUCUAGAUGACACUCCCGUCGUCCCUGGGGACUCCCCUCGGGAGUAUGACCAGAUUUCGGCCACAAGACAGGUCAUCGAGGAUGCUGAGAAUGAACUUCGCGCGUGGGAGAGCAGCGCAGAGCCCAUUCAUACUUCAGCCGGGGACGCCCUGGACAGCACCCUUUUGCCACGGUCCGGUCGUGGCGUGCGUGACUCGCAAGGAGCUUAUGCAGUUGAAACAACUGCCUCGGACUCCGUGCGAGAUGUGAACGGUUCCGCAGAGGGGUCGUAUGCCCAAGGAACUGGGGCGAACGGACAUGCCCGUGACACCCCCGCCGAGCCGUAUGCUAACGGCAACGACACUGGGGCAAAUGGAUAUGCUCGCGAGACCCCCGCCGAGCCGUAUGCGAACGGUCACGGUACUGAGGCAUAUCCUGAUGCAGCCCACCGGGAUACGUAUGCUAAUGGAACGGAUCAUGACCGCUACGUCGACGGUGCCGGCUCUGAGCUGUAUGCUGACACCUCCGCCCCGGAGCCCGCAACUACCAAUGCUGCUGAAGAACGCUAUACCACCGGUACAGCCCAAGACCCAGCCGUUAUCAGUGGGACUGAAGCGCAGUCCAGCAGUAUUCCUGCUCCAGAGAAGUACACUAGUGAGGAAGUCCAGGGCCAGACUGCUAACGGGGUUGUUUCCGAACCCGUUGGCAAGACCAGCGAAGACCUGCCGCGGACAUCAGAUGACCUGCAGUCGGCGCAUAUCUCUCGUGGCUCUGAGAUUCCCUAUGUAUCGAGCCCUAUUCCUGCGCAUCCAGUUGCCGUUCCGAUUUGA